AGGUGCACCGUGGUCUGGGGCUCCGCCGCGACCGCGAGGCUCGCGGCGAACCGAACGAGGGGCAGGCAAGCUUUGUGACCCGUCCCGUAGGCGCGCGCAGAACGCACGCAGAGCAAGCAAGACAAACGUCCCCCGCGCACGCACGCGCCGGAGCCGAGGCCGGCCAAGGCGAGGUGGCCCCGCCCCCGCCGGACCCAAUGGGGGGCUGCUACUCCGCCUUCGCCUGCUCGCGGAAGCUGCGCGGCCGCAUCUCCUUCGUCCUCCCCGUCACCGAGCGCGACCGCGACAGCGACAGCGUCGCCAGCGCCGCCGCCACGCCGUCCCCGUCCCCGCGCAAGAACGACGCCGACGCCGGGCCGCUCGUGGUGCGGACCACCGCGGCCGAGUUCGCGCGCCGCUACGUGCUGGGCCGGGAGCUCGGGCGCGGCGAGUUCGGCGUCACGCGCCGCUGCAAGGACGCCGCCACGGGCGAGGCGCUCGCGUGCAAGACCAUCCGGAGGCACCGCCGGCCCCGCGGAGGCGGAGGCGGCGUCGCCCGCCGACUGGCCGGGGCCGGUGCCGGGAACGGUGGUCCGGGUCCCCAGGGCGGACAUCAGGCAAACGCGCAGGACGCGGCGGCGGCGGCGGCGCACGCGGCGGACGUGCAGAGGGAGGUGGCCAUCAUGCGGCGCAUGUCGUCCCGCGGCGGCGCGGCCGUGGUGCGGCUCCGCGAGGCCUGCUGCGAGGACUCGGCCUCCGGCGGCGGCGGCGGCGGCGGCGCGGUCCACCUGGUCAUGGAGCUGUGCGAGGGCGGGGAGCUGUUCGACCGCAUCGUCGCGCGCGGCCACUACUCGGAGCGCGCCGCGGCGGGCGUGUUCGGCACCAUCGUCGACGUCGUGCGGCUGUGCCACUCCAACGGUGUCAUCCACAGGGACCUCAAGCCCGAGAACUUCCUGUUCGCCAACAAGUCGGAGGACUCCCCGCUCAAGGUCAUCGACUUCGGCCUCUCCGUCUUCUUCAACCCCGGCGAUCGGUUCACGGAGGUGGUGGGGAGCGCGUACUACAUGGCGCCGGAGGUGCUGAAGCGGAACUACGGGCCGGAGGUGGACAUCUGGAGCGCCGGCGUGAUCCUGUACAUCCUGCUCUGCGGCGUCCCGCCAUUCUGGGGAGACAACGACGAGAAGAUCGCGCAGGCGGUCCUCCGCGGCGUCAUCGACUUCAACCGGGAGCCAUGGCCGAGGGUGUCCGCCAACGCCAAGGACCUCAUCCGCCGGAUGCUCGACCCCGACCCCUCCACCCGCCUCACGGCGAGGCAGGUGCUUGAGCACCCGUGGCUGAAGAACGCGGACACGGCGCCGAACGUGUCGCUGGGCGAGGCGGUGCGCGCGCGGCUGCAGCAGUUCUCGGCCAUGAACAAGUUCAAGAAGAAGGCGCUGGGGGUGGUGGCGCGGAACCUGCCGGUGGAGGAGCUCGACAAGUACGUGCAGAUGUUCCACCUCAUGGACAAGGACCACAACGGCAACCUCACCCUGGAGGAGCUCAUGGAGGGCCUCCACAUCAACGGCCAGCCGGUGCCGGAGUCCGAGAUCAGGAUGCUCCUCGAGGCCGCCGACACGGACGGCAACGGCACGCUGGACUGCGACGAGUUCGUGACGGUGUCGCUGCACCUCAAGAAGAUGAGCAACGACGAGUACCUGGCGUCGGCGUUCAGGUACUUCGACAAGGACGGGAGCGGAUUCAUCGAGCCGGAGGAGCUGAGGGAGGAGCUGGGACCCAACGACCAGGCCAUCCUCGACAUCAUCCGCGACGUGGACACGGACCAGGACGGCCGCAUCAGCUACCAGGAGUUCGAGCUCAUGAUGAAGGCCGGCACCGACUGGAGGAACGGCUCCAGACAGUACUCCAGGGCCAACUUCAGCAGCCUCAGCCGGAAGCUCUGCAAGGACAUGUCGUGAUCGCCAUCGAAUACACCUCUGUGGCUGUGUCUGUCUCUAGCCACCACCACCACCAACACCACCAACAUCUACGAUCCACGGGCUCGGCUCGGCUCGGCGCUUCUUGAUUGGAAAUGCGGUGCAAAAGGGGAACAACGCGUGCGUGUACUACGGCUGCUGCUGCUCAUCUGACAGAAAAUCAUUUUCAAUUCGUUGGGUAAUUAGAAAUGCAUUUUACAAAUUCAAAUUCAGGACUUACAAAAGAACGGGGUGCACAACGGGCGCAGCGCAACUGACGCAAUUCUGAAACGAAGCUGAGAAGGGAUGGCGAACACGCCUGGUUUCCUA